GAAUACAUGGCAAAAUUUAUUGGAAUUGGCAGUGAACUAGUUAGUAAAGCCAGACCAAUACGUCAAAUAAAUUACAUAUAUACAGAAAACGAAGAAGACGUAAUUUUACUGGGUGAAUCAAUAAAAAUAGAAAAAGUUGGCUCCGUAUUUUUAAGCAUCGUAGGUGUUAUAAUCAUGACAAUGAGUCAAAAGGAUAAAACACCGGGAUAUGAUGCCGGGGGGGACUCUGAGGUGGGUGACAAUGGCAUCAUUUUUACAGGAGAUUUAAUCGCUUUGUUUGGAGCAGUCACUUAUGGGUUAUAUGAGGUGCUAUAUAAGAAGUAUGGAAGUCCACCAAUCCCUUCGAUUUCAUUUUCGAACACUAUCACGG